UGCGAUGCUGUCGCGCGGUCAGAUCGCCGGGCGACGGUUGCUGGGGCUUCUGUGGCGGUCCGCGCCAGCGCCUCGGGCCUUCUGCGCGGCGGAGGAGGUGCAGCUGCGUCCAUGGCCGGCCGAAGUCUGUGCGUCGAGCGAGGCUCUCUGGCUAAAGCUGCAGGCCGGCGGCACUUCGGUGACGCCGGACUUCAUUAGCGAGGAAGAGGAGGCGUUGCUGGCUCGGGAGCUGGAACCGCAGCUGCGCCGACACCGCUAUCAAGACGAACACUGGGACGGGGCUAUUCAUAAGUAUCGGGAGACAGAAAAAUCAUACUGGAGCAAAGAAUGUAAUGAGAUCUUACAACGAGUCCGGAAUGCUGCUUUUCCUCCCGGAGUGCCACAGCUCGCUCAAGUCCACGUUCUGGAUUUGGAUAAAAGUGGCUAUAUAAAGCCUCAUGUAGACAGUGUCAAGUUCUGUGGCUGCAGCAUUGCAGGCCUGUCCCUCCUGUCCACAAGUGUAAUGCACCUGGUUAGUGAACAGAAUCCACAGGACUGGCUGGAUCUUCUGCUGGAGCGCCGAUCUCUCUACAUUCUUAGAGGGCCUGCUCGUUAUGAAUUCACUCAUGAAAUUCUUAAAGACGAGGAGUCCUUUUUUGAUGGAAGGAAGGUCGCCAGGGAGCGAAGGAUCUCUGUCAUCUGUCGAAACCUGCCCUUACCAGAAGAAUCAUCCUAGAACUGCCAGGGGUGGAGUACAUGACAUGGCAGCAGAGUCAGGUUAAGUAUUUUCUGACUGUUGGACAUGCUGAGGCCAAAAAGUUCACCAUUACUGAUGUACCUGAUAAUGCUGACAUCUGCAAUAUCUUGAGGAUGCACUAAAAAAAAUAAUGUCCUUUGUAAUGUUACACCAAUUUGAAGUCAUACACUGUCCUCCAUUUCUUCUCCAGAAUUGCAGUUCAGGUGCUGUCUUUCAUUUGUGGCAGUUGAAACAUCAUUGCCUAAUCCUGCCCACAAAUAGUGGGUUUCACAUUUUGGAACUCU